AUGUUUAUUUUGAUGGUAGUAUUUUUCCUCCUCAACCUUCCACUUCUCAUGGCAAAUUUCAUUGAUCCCAGGUGCUUUUGGAGAAUAAAUUUGAGUAAAGUCAAGGAAAAAAAAUUGGAUAUAAGUUGUGCUUUCAUCAUUGGAGCAGUUCAGUUGCCUGUGGAGAAAGAUUAUUUCAAUGAGACUUUGAAUGUCCUAAAAAGAACUAAAACCAACAAAUAUACCUUGGCAUUAGCCUUUUCAUUGGAUGAAAUCAACAGGAAUCAUAAACUUUUACCAAAUAUGUCUUUGGUUAUAAAACAUACUUUGAGCUAUUGUGAUGGAAAUACUGCACUCCAUAUAUAUAAAGAAAAAUUUUAUAAGCCCUUUCCUAAUUAUAUGUGUAAUGAAGAGACUAUGUGCUCAUUUCUGCUAACAGGAAUGGAUUGGAGGAAAUCUAUGACACUUUUCAGCAACUUGGACACCUUCUUAUUUCCACGUUUCCUCCAGAUUUCCUAUGGACCUUUCCAAACCAUCUUCAGUGAUAAUGACCAAUUUCCCUAUCUCUAUCAGAUGACCCCAAAGGACACAUCACUAGCAUUGGCCAUGGUCUCCUUCAUACUUUACUUCAACUGGAACUGGGUUGGCCUUCUCAUCUCAGAUAAUGAUGAAGGCAAUCAAUUUCUGUUAGAACUAAGAAAAGAGACCCAAAACAAGGAAGUUUGCUUUGCCUUUGUGAAUAUGAUGAAAAGCAAUGAGUUUUCAUUUGAUUAUAAAACUGAAAUGUACUACAAACAAAUUGUGACAUCAUCCACAAAUGUGAUUAUCAUUUAUGGGGAAACAGAGAGUAUUAUUGAAUUAAGCUUCAGAACGUGGCAAUCUCCAGUUAUGCAGAGGAUUUGGAUCACCAAAUCAGAGUUGAAUUUCCCGACAAGUAAGAGAGACUUAACUCAUGGCACAUUCUAUGGCUCUCUGGCAUUUCUACAGAACCAUGGUGAAAUUUCUGGAUUUAAAAAUUUUGCAGAGACACGGUACCAUCUCAGAAGCAGAGAUUUAAAUCUAUUAAUACCAGAGUGGAAAUACUUUAGCUAUGAAAUCUCAGCAUCUAACUGUAAAAUAUUGAGGAACUUUUCAUCCAACGCCUCAUUGGAAUGGCUAACAGGACAGAUGUUUCACAUGGCCUUUAAUGAUAAGAGUCAUAGUAUAUACAAUGCAGUAUAUGCCAUGGCACAUGCACUCCAUGAAAAUAAUCUGCAAGAAGUUGAUAAUCAGGAAAUAAGAAAUAGGAAAGUAGCAAGUACUCACUGCUUGAAGCUAAACUCCUUUCUCAGAAAAACCCACUUUACUAAUCUUCUUGGGGACAGAGUGAUUUUAAAACAGAGAGAGAGAGUGCACGAAGACUAUGACAUUGUUCAUAUUCAGAAUUUCUCACAACAGCUUCGGAUUAAGGUGAAGAUAGGAAAGUUCAGCCCAUCUUUUCCACAUGGUGAACCCUUUCACUUAUAUGGAGAAAUGAUGGAUUUGGCCACAGGAAGUAAAAAGAUGCCAUCCUCUGUGUGCAGUGCAGAUUGUAGUCCUGGAUUCAGAAAAAUCUGGAAGGAGGGAAUGGCAGCCUGCUGUUUUCUUUGUAGCCCAUGCCCUGAAAAUGAAAUUUCUAAUGAGACAAAUAUGGAUCAGUGUGUGAAUUGUCCAGAAUACCAGUAUGCCAACACAGAAAAGAGCAAGUGCAUUCAGAAAGUUGUGACAUUUCUAAGCUAUGAAGAUCCCUUGGGGCUGGCUCUUGCCUUAAUAGCCUUCUGUUUGUCUGCCUUCACAGCUGUGGUACUUUGGGUCUUUGUGAAGCACCAUGACACUCCUAUUGUGAAGGCCAAUAACAGAAUCCUCAGCUACAUAUUAAUCAUGUCACUCAUGUCCUGUUUUCUGUGCUCUUUUUUCUUCAUUGGCCAUCCUAAUAGAGGUACCUGUAUCUUACAGCAAAUCACAUUUGGAAUUGUAUUCACUGUGGCUGUUUCCACAGUUCUCGCCAAAACAAUCACUGUGGUUCUGGCUUUCAAAGUCACAGACCCAGGAAGAAGGUUAAGAAACUUCCUAGUAUCUGGAGCACCCAACUACAUUAUUCUCAUAUGUUCCUUGUUGCAAUGUAUUCUGUGUGCAAUUUGGCUAGCAGUUUCUCCACCAUUUGUUGAUAUUGAUGAACAUUCUGAGCAUGGCCACAUCAUCAUUGUGUGCAACAAGGGCUCCAUUGUGGCAUUCUACUGUGUCCUGGGAUACUUGGCCUGCCUGGCCCUUGGAAGCUUCACUAUGGCUUUCUUGGCAAAGAAUCUGCCUGACACAUUCAAUGAAGCCAAGUUCUUGACCUUCAGCAUGCUAGUGUUCUGCAGUGUCUGGGUCACCUUCCUCCCUGUCUACCAUAGCACCAAGGGCAAGGUUAUGGUUGCUGUUGAAAUCUUCUCCAUCUUGGCAUCGAGCACAGGGAUGCUUGGAUGUAUCUUUGCACCCAAAAUCUACAUCAUUUUAAUGAAACCAGACAGAAAUUCUAUCCAAAAGAUCAGGGAGAAAUCAUAUUUCUGA